AUGUCGCACGAGCCUGAGCCGCACGCCAAGCGGCCGCGCACCACCUUCUUCGACAGUGCGCCCAACCUCAACCCGACGCGCAAGCCGCCGCCGUCGUUCCACCAGCCCUCGGCUUCGUCCUCAUCAGCUCCCACCGGUUCGACCGACCCUGGGCACCCGGGCGCCCCCAAGGCCCGCAAGCGCGACCGCGCCUCGGCCCCGAACGGCAACUUUCGCGGCUACUACUCGCGCAGGCGCGGCCUCGUGCCGUCGUCGGGCGGCGGUGGGCCGGCCGCCCCUCGCGCCGUCGACGCACCCGAUGAGCGACUCGCCCUCGUGCCCCCCGAGUGGCUCAGGGGCAAACGCGUCCUCGACGUCGGGUGCAACGGCGGCGUCGUCACGGUCGAGGUGGCGCAGCAUGGGCUCGCGGCAAAGGUCACGGGCGUCGACAUCGAUGCCGACCUGGUUCGCGCCGCGAGGAAACACGCCGAGCUCGUAUGGUCGCGCCAGGCCCCGCUCCAGCGCCUCGUCGACGAGGCGGCCUACCUCUCGCACGCCCACACCUCGUCACGCUCGCCCUCGCCCAGCCACACCCUCGCACCCCUCGACCUCGACACCACGACCCAGUCGCCCUUUGCGUCGACGUCGCGCGCGCCGCCUUACUUCCCCUUGUCGCUCCCGCGCAUGUUCGGCUACCUCCCGACGCCGCGCGGCCUCCUCACGACGCACCACCCUCAGCCCGAGGUCGAGACGGUCGGCGUCCUGCGCAGGGGCAAGCGCAAGGUCAUGCCUCUCGAGGUCAAGGCGUUCCCGGACAACAUCCGGUUCGCACACGCCGACUGGGUCAACGAGGAGAUCCCCGACGACCGCGACGGCUACGACGUCAUCCUCGCCUUCUCGAUCACUAAGUGGAUCCACCUCCGCUCGCUCAACGUCGGCCUCCUCACCUUCUUCCGGCGGUGCUUCGACGCGCUCCUGCCUGGCGGCCGCCUCCUCCUCGAGCCGCAGCCGUUCAGCACGUACGCGCGCUCGGCGCGAGCGUCGCACGAGCAGGAUCUGCAGGACAACUACGCGCGACUCGUCGAGGGCGCCGACAAAGGGUGGCGGGCCGAGGAGGGCGACUUUGAGCGGGUAUUGAUCGAGUUGGUCGGGUUUGAGAAGCGGGAACUGCUCGGCGAGACGGGCAAAGUCGGCUCGACCUUCCGCCGGCCAGUCGAGGUGUACACCAAGCGCGGCGGCGGCAGCUGGGGCGUCUGAGAUCCCGCGCAACGACGGCGCACGUUCCGCUCGGGC